AUGUGCGGCAUUUUUUCUUGCCUCAACUUCUUGGCCCCGAAGACCCGCGGCGAGGUCAUCGAUAUCCUGAUCCAGGGUCUCCAGCGCAUGCAAUACCGUGGCUACGAUUCAGCUGGGACUGCUAUCGAUGGCAGCAACGACAAUUUGAAACCACAUGGUGAAAUUAUGUUGAUGCGCAGAGCGGAGAGAAGCCUGAUCGAGACUCUAAAGCCCCUCGAUCCUUCCCAGGAGAAGGAGAUUGAUCGCAAGCAAACACGGGAGCUGCUAACCUACCUACGGCGCACGCCCUUUGAGCAGCUUGCCGAGGAUAUCGGGCGGCAAAACGAGGAAGAGGAUUCCUCAAAGAUGCUGGCACGCAUACUCAACAAAAAACGUCAUUUAUCACCUGUGACGAUGUGCGGCAUUUUUGCUUACCUCAACUUCUUGGCCCCGAAGACGCGCGGCGAGGUCAUCGAUAUCCUGAUCCAGGGUCUUCAGCGCAUGGAAUACCGUGGCUAUGAUUCAGCUGGAAUUGCGAUCGAUGGCAGCAACGACAAUUUGAAACCGCAUGGUGAAAUUAUGUUGAUGCGAAAGGCGGGGAAGGUCGGAGUGCUCAGGGAAUCUGUCAACGAACAGACUGGGAUCGACAUGGAUAUGGUCUACAACAUUCACGUCGGAAUCGCGCACACCCGCUGGGCUACCCACGGUUCGCCGAUGGAUGUGAACUCUCAUCCGCAGAGGAGCAACGACAAGAGCGAGUUCCUGGUUGUGCAUAAUGGGAUCAUCACCAACUAUCGCGAGAUCAAGUCGUACCUGACAAAGAAGGGCCACGUUUUCGAGUCUGAGACUGACACUGAAGUCAUUGCGAAGCUGACACAGCAUAUUGCUGAUCGCUAUCCGGACUUUUCCUUCCGCCAGCUGGUUGAAACUGUUAUUCAGCAAUUGGAAGGAGCUUUCGCCUUGGCCUUCAAGUCCAGCCGCUUCCCCGGCCAGUUGGUUGCUUCGAGGCGAGGUUCGCCUCUGCUUAUCGGCAUCAAGAGCAAGUCGCGUCUGUCCACCGAUCACUUCCCGGUGUCGUACUCAAAAGCACUUCGCUUCGCUUCUUCUCAAGCCACACAUCUUCGCAAUCACGAUGGCAGCUUUGUUGAAACACCUACUGUUCUUGAUCUCAGCACCAGCAUCCAUGAAGGUCAUCAGGGCAUUGAGGGACGUCAUGCUUCGAUGUCGCAUGUCCGUCCUUUUGAUUCUGGCAACUGGGAGGUCGAGUACUUCCUCGCAUCUGAUGCGUCGGCCAUUGUCGAGCACACGAAGCAGGUCCUCUUCCUCGAAGACGACGAUGUUGCUUUCGUCGAGGAGGGCGCCUUGACCAUCCAUCGCAUCAAGCGCGGCAAGACUGACAAGGAAUCUGCCCAGACACGCGAAGUCCACUCGCUCACCAUGGAGUUGCAGCAGAUCAUGCGGGGUGACUUCAAAACGUUCAUGCAGAAGGAAAUCUUCGAGCAGCCCGACUCUGUUGUCAACACGAUGCGUGGCCGCGUUCUGCCAACUGGCCAAGUUGUACUGGGCGGCAUCAAGGACUACGUCUCGGACAUCAAGCGUUGCCGCAGAUUGAUCAUGGUUGCCUGCGGCACCUCUUACAACUCAGCCAUCGCCUGCCGCCAGAUCAUCGAAGAGCUUACUGAGCUUCCUGUUGUACUCGAGCUCGCUUCUGAUUUCCUGGACCGUCAGACGCCUAUUUUCCGCGAUGACGUCUGCUUCUUUAUUUCUCAGUCGGGAGAGACUGCCGACACUUUGAUGGCUCUCCGGUAUUGCAAGCCGCGUGGCGCCCUCAUUAUUGGCGUAACCAACACCGUCGGCUCAUCGAUUUGCCGGGAAUCUCACUGUGGCAUCCACAUCAAUGCUGGACCUGAGAUUGGAGUCGCUUCAACCAAGGCCUACACGUCGCAAAUCCUCGCGCUCAUCAUGUUCGCUCUCGUUGUGUCAGAAGAUCGCAUCUCAUUGACGGGGCGACGCAAAGAGAUCAUCCAAGCUCUCAAUAACUUACCUGAGAUGAUUCGGACUGUCCUGAAGCUCGACGAUGAGGUCCUGCAAAUCGCCAAGGAGAUCUACAAGGAGCAGUCGUUGCUCGUGAUGGGACGCGGCUUCAACUUUGCGACGUGCUUGGAAGGCGCCCUAAAGAUCAAGGAGCUGUCGUACAUGCACUGUGAAGGCAUCAUGUCCGGGGAACUGAAGCACGGGCCAUUGGCUAUGGUCGACGAGAAGCUUCGCAUUGUCAUGAUCAUUUGCAAGGAUCAUGUCUACAACAAGUCUUUGAAUGCCCUGCAGCAGGUGUGCGCUCGUGGUGGUGCACCUAUCAUCAUUGCCGACACCUCCGUUGCCAAGGAUGAUCUUGCUGAGAUGCCGCACGUGCUGCGCAUCCCGAAGACUGUCGACUGCGUGCAGAACAUUCUUUCCGUUAUCCCGCUCCAACUUCUCUCGUACCACAUCGCCGAGCUGAACGGCCAAAAUGUCGACCGUCCACGCAAUCUUGCCAAGUCUGUCACCGUUGAA